CUGCGCCUGGCCGUGGUGGAGGCCCUGGGGCCCAUGAGCUACCUGCUGCCCGCCGAGAAGCUGGAGGAGCAGCUGCCCAGGCUCAUCCCUGGCGUGCUCGGCCUCUACAAGAAGCACGCGGAGGCUUUCUGCAUCUCCAAGAGUCUUUGCCAGAUCCUGGAGGCCUCCGUGGGCAUCGGCAGCCGCAGCCUGGAGGCGCAGCUGGACGCGCUGCUGGGCGCCCUGCAUGCCCAGGUCUGUGCCCCGGCCGAGCCGGCUGUGCCCACGAGCGCCAAAAACCACACGGAGGUUCUGCGGUGCUUCACCGUGCUGGGUGCUGUGGCCCUUCCUGCUGCAGUUCGUGACGCCCGUGCCCUUCACCAACGCCCUGGCCCCGCUCUGCAAGAGCCUCGUGCACUUGGCCGCCAAGAGGCAGGAGGAGGGCGAAGACGCGGCCCUCGUCCGCUGCGACCUCAACGCAAAUCUGCCUUCGCCCUACGCUCUGACGACGCGACUGCUGAGAACACGGAGAAAUCCCUGUGCCAGAAGGAGUGGGAGGAGAUGCUGCUCCAGUUCCUGCAGGAGACGCUGGCGGCGGUGGCCGAUAACGCGUGGAUCGGGCAGCUGGGCACGGAGAUGUGCAGGCAGCUGAGCAGCUACAACGGCCUCGUGCCCGAGAAGAACUUCCUCUACAAGUGCAUCGGGACGACGCUCGGGGCGUCCCUCAGCAAGGAGCUGGUGCAGAARCAGCUCCAGGAGCUGCUGGAGACGGCCCGCUACCACGAGGAGGCAGAGCGAGAG